AACAAAGGCGCUGAAAUACAGGCUACGCUGGGCUGUCACAGGCUGCUGCGGGAGAGAAACCGACUUCUUUGAGAGUCUAGCCACAGAGAAAGUUUGUCUUCUAAUUCACCACUAAAGCAAGGACUCCGGGGAAGCGGUAAAACAAGUAGCAUUUGUAUUAUGACGCUGUUUUAGCUGUAACUGGUGCUUUAGUAGGUGCUGCUAGCAAAAAACAAACAAAAAAAAAAAAAGUAGGUGCUGCUAGCGUGUAGCCCGGCUACUCUUAAAUAAGAAGAGAUGUAUGCUGUGUGUCUUAUUUUAACCUUUCUUUCAUUCAUAAGUACAGUGGCAGAAGCAGGAACUGUAUUGUGGUAGGGGAUUUUUUUUUUAACCCUGAGGAGGAGCUCCCACGGGUGGUAGUCCUCUGUGAUUGUCUAGUAAACAAGUCCCCUUUUCUGGUCUCUGGCAAACCUCGCAGGCUUUAUCCAGCUGGGAGAUGUUUGCCAUAGCUACCAGAAACUUUGUGGAGGAGGUGGAUGAUGAAGGGUCCCUGAUCCCAGUGACCAGCCUGAAUGACAAUAUUGCGCUCCUGACGGUGGUGGUGAAACACAAGCGUUUUUGGUUCUGGCAAAAGCCCAAAUAUCUUCCCACUGAUUUUGACCUCAAUGAUAUACUAAGAGAAGAUACACCUAUAAAGCCAGUUGUGAUUAAGACAGACUUCAUCAAAUACAGUGGGAAAUUUGGAGACAAAAUGCAGGGAACCAUGGGUGCAGAUCUUGCCAAAAAUAAUGUUAGCUUGCAGGGUGAAGACUCAUCCAAACUCCAAUCAUCUUUCGGAAGUUUGAAGAAACAGGAAGUGGAUAUGCAGAAGCUGCUGCAAGACUCCAAAGACAGGGUUCUGGACAUGUCCCAUUGUUUAAUCCAGCAGACAAAGGAGAAGCGCAGACGGGUAUUUGGGAUUGUAAAGGAGCGUAUUGUGACCAGUCAGCCCUGUUCAGUCAUAGAGGAGGUGCAGCAGGGAGGACAGUGUGGAGGAAAUCUGAGCAUCUGUUGCCCCAGUAUGACUAAGGUUUUACUGAAGGAGAACGCAAGCUUGAGCAAAGACAGCGACGUUACCCUGGAGAUUCCUACCCACACUACAAUUGCCUAUGGCCUUAUAGAACUACAAAUCAAACAUGAUGGACAAUUUGAGCUGUGUGUAAUAUCAGACACCGAUGGAGGUUUUGAAGAAGUAGAUGGCCCCAUUAGACAGAAAGAACUGCCGCGUGUCUCGGGAGCUCCUGCACGUUCAUCUGAGAAUUGUCUUCAACGAGAGCUGGAGCAACUGAGUGAUCAUUUCCAGCUGCUUUCAGCUCUCCCUGCAUCCACCAGGUCUGCUUUACUACAGCAGAUUAAAAAACUUUUGCAGGACCAGACAGCCAUCUGUGCACUCGAGGAUGUGCUAGACCAGAUGUGCCAGGAUAAGACACCUGCCCCGGGUGAUUUUAAAACAACAGAGUCUCAAAAACAGAACAUCCAGGCGAUUCUGGCUCUUUUAGAGCAGACUAGUCAAGAGGGGCCAACCCAGUCCACAUCAGUUCUCACAGCCCUUCACCUCUUAACCAGUGCAUUGGAUGAGAUGACACAUGAUUGUCUUGCUGUCUUGGAAAUGUGCUGCAGCCCUGCAGUGUUAAAGACCUUGGAGCUACUGGUGCAGCAUGCAUCAGGAAAUGGAGAGUUGCCUCUGAGCAAAGAAGCUCUGUCUGCACUGACAGAGGGCAUCUAUGAAAAGACUGAACAUCUGUUUGCCUCCUGCAAGGUGUCCCUGAAGAGAGAUGGGGACAUGGUGAAGACAGAAAUAAACAAGCAGCCAGGAAAUCUUCCUCUCGUCCUCUGUAUAGUGAUUCGAAGUCUUGCCUCAUUAGCUCACUGUGUUUGAACUGAAACCCCCUUUACAGCCAUCAGAAAUAAUUACCAUGGUGGAAUUAGGUAAAUAGGAACAUGUAGAUUUAGUGUUUUUGAUGUUUUUUAAUAGAACGAAACGAAAUCAUAAUCGUAAUGUGUUUUUCUUUUUGGGUGCUACAUAACCAAGGUCUCUUAUUCUAACAAUAUUGAUUUAUCCAUGUGAUUACUUGAUCUGGACUUGUAUGUGACUGAAUCUGGUUAAUGAAUAUCCCUACUGGAUUUAUAUUUGGAUCAUUGAAUAAAUAUGCAAAAAUUUGUAUGAUCUUUUUUUUUUUAACAUUGUAGGUAGUUUUCUUUCAAUAAACAACCAUUUUGA